AUGGCCAGAAAGUUCUUCGUCGGAGGCAACUGGAAAUGCAACGGGACAGCUGAGGAGGUGAAGAAGAUUGUCAACACUCUUAACGAGGCUCAGGUUCCUUCCCAGGAUGUCGUUGAGGUUGUGGUUAGCCCUCCAUAUGUGUUUCUUCCUCUCACUAAGAGCAUUUUGAGGCCUGACUUCCAUGUUGCGGCUCAAAAUUGCUGGGUCAAGAAAGGAGGUGCCUACACUGGUGAAGUCAGCGCCGAGAUGCUUGUGAACUUGGACAUCCCGUGGGUUAUCCUUGGUCACUCUGAAAGGAGGGCACUCCUCAAUGAAUCUAACGAGUUUGUUGGAGACAAGGUUGCCUAUGCUCUUGCUCAAGGUUUGAAAGUGAUUGCUUGUGUUGGUGAGACUCUUGAACAGCGUGAGGCGGGAUCGACCAUGGAUGUUGUCGCUGCCCAGACUAAAGCUAUUGCUGACCGGGUGUCGAACUGGUCAAAUGUUGUCAUAGCCUAUGAACCAGUGUGGGCCAUUGGAACCGGAAAGGUCGCUAGCCCAGCCCAAGCUCAGGAAGUACAUGAUGAGCUGAGGAAAUGGCUUGCAAAGAACGUGAGCGCUGAUGUCGCUGCUACAACCCGCAUCAUUUAUGGAGGAUCUGUCAAUGGUGGUAACUGCAAGGAGCUAGGUGGUCAGGCCGAUGUUGAUGGUUUCUUGGUCGGUGGUGCUUCUCUAAAGCCUGAGUUUAUCGACAUCAUCAAGGCUGCGGAGGUGAAGAAGAGUGCUUAAUGACUUCACUAAACAGUCUCAAAUCCUUUUGCUUCUUCACUCUCAACUCUGAUUUCUAAAAAUAAAUAAGUUGAUACAGUGUUGUAAUGACACUCUUUGUUUCAGUUGUAUGUUGUCUUGAGGAGGCAACAAACAUUUCUUCGCCAAUUUAUUUAGCUGUCAGUUACAAAAUCUCUCACUUCUCUCAUAUUCCCAUGAAGUUGUGUUCCGUGUUACUGUCCCAGCAUUUUUUUUUUUCGUUUUCUUAAUAGCUCCUGUGAUUAAAUUAAAAAGGAAAAGCAAAAAAACAGCCCAGCCUGUACAGGCUUUUUUAGGCAAAAAGCCCAAGCUCAGAGGAAUUGAUUUUGGACCGAAAACAUAGGUUUUACUGAUUGUACCAAUCAACACGUAAUAAUACGUUGGCUUAUUAUUAUUCUAUUUACAGUUUUUUUUUGUUCAAAAUAUUUUUUAUUCUGUUUACAGUUUCGG